AUUUAACCCGAAAAAAAUCGGCGACAAACAAUUAAAUUAAAUAUCGAAUUCGAAUUCGAAAGGUGCGGCUAAAAGCGAUCUGUCAGCGAGUGCAACGGCAGCAGCAACAACAGCAACAGCAACAACAACAACAACAACAGCAACAGCAACAAAAAUUGCCAUGGAAAAAAUUGCUGCUGGUGCAUGGGUCAAUAUCAUAAUCUGAGGCAGCAACAAGUUGUGGCAGACAGCAAGGCAAGGCGAAGGGGCAAGCAACGAGCGUCAUAAAUCAAAGCGACGCAAUUUGCUGCCUGACGAACUGCAACAGCAGCAGCAGGAGCAGCAGCGGCAGCAGCAGGCAUCAGCUAUGCCAUUAUUGCUGGCAACACUUGGUCAGCAACAGCUGCAGGCACAACAGCAGCACCAACAAUCACAGCAGCAGCACCAACAGCAGCAUCAGCAGCAGCCCCAACAGCAUCAGCUAAACAAUUCCCAUCGUCCAACAGCAACAGCAGCAGCAGCGGCGGCAGCAAUGUUGUUGCUGGAGACAGCAGCAGCAGCAAAGACAACGUCGGCAGUAACUGCAACAGCAACGGCAACACACACGCCAAUCAUUGCUGCACUUGCAACAACUCCAUUGCCGGCAACGGCAACAGCAACAACAACAGGUGUUAAUGUUCAAAUUACUGCCAAAGGCGUUGCUCGCUACGAGUCUUCAGUCAAUGAUCAACUGCCAGCAGCCGCAAAUGUGGCCGCAUCUGUUAAUUAUGCCGCAUACGUAGCCCAUUUGAAUGGCCUAAAACACAACAGCAGCAACAUCAGCAACAGCAACAACAACAACAUCAGCCAAAGCCCACCUUCUUACGAGAGCAGCCUGCUCCCACGCCAGCCUCACAUUCAAGUCAAGCAGGAAUUCAUGGAACCAGCGGAGCACAUGGAGCAUCCCACCGGAAUGAAUCACAUAAAUGGCAACAACAACAGCAACAACAACAGCAACGCCAGCAAUAAGCAAACAGCCAUGGCAAGCUGUCGCACGAAAACAAUGCCGAGUCCCUGGUAUAUGCGGCCCAUUGGAUAUCAUAAUUAUGACAACAGCAACAACAAUAAGGAUGCUGAAUUGUUGAACUAUGUGGCAGCUAGCAGUCAGGCGGCGUUGCCACCCUUUGGCGUCGGGCUCGGACUGGUUAUGCGACACAUGUCAAACUCGCCGACACCGCCAUCUCCCCUGCGAUCUCUAUCAGACUGUGGCAAAAGCUAUGAAGAGGAGGAGGAGGAGGACGAUGAUCUGGACGAGGAUGUUGCUCAAAAUUUGAGCAGCAAGCGUCGCGCCUCACGGCAACUGGACGUUGCAAUGGAGAAUGAGGUGCUGAAUUUGGCUUCUCCGGCACCCAAGCGCAUGGCCCUCGAGCCCCAAGCACCUGAGCCACAGCCAACUGCAGCAGCAGCAGCAGCAGCAACUGCCCCGCCUCCCUUGGGUGUGCCAGCACCUUUGGGCUUUGGACCCGAAGACAUGCAGCAGGCACUGCAACUCCAGCUGCAUAGCUAUAUUGAGAUGGUUCGUCAACUGGCACCCGAAGCCUUCCCCAAUCCCAAUCUGGCCACGCAAUUUCUGCUACAGAAUUCGCUGCAAGCCUUGGCCCAAUUUCAAGCGCUGCAGCAGCUCAAAAUGGAGCGAGAAAGGGAGCAAGUGCAGCAGGUGUCGAGUGAAAUUUUGCCCACGCGCCACUACUCCACGCCCCUGAGCAAAAGUCCGCUGCGCAGUCCGUCGCUCAGUCCAGUCGGUCGUCAAUUGGAGCCACAGCAGCGCACGCCGCCCAAUUCCUUGGGAGGAUUGGGAUUAAGCAGCGCUGUGCUAACACCAAAUACGCCUAGCAUGCAGCAGCAGCAACAGCAGCAGCAAUCGACGGCAGCUGCUUCCAGCUCGACACCCAAACCCUUGAAUAGCGGCGCCACCGUUGCCGCUGUCAUGGCCACCAAGCUGGAGCAAUCCCCAGAGGAGACUACAGAUCUGGAGGAGCUGGAACAGUUUGCCAAGACUUUCAAGCAGCGACGCAUCAAACUGGGCUUUACCCAAGGCGACGUGGGCCUGGCCAUGGGCAAGCUCUACGGCAACGAUUUCUCCCAGACCACCAUCUCGCGCUUCGAGGCGCUCAAUCUGAGCUUCAAGAACAUGUGCAAACUGAAGCCCCUGCUCCAGAAGUGGCUGGAAGAUGCCGAUUCGAGUGUGGCCAAGUCAGCCGGUGGCGUCUUCAAUAUCAACACAAUGACCACCAAUUUAACCACCACACCGGAGAGCAUAUUGGGCAGGCGGCGCAAGAAGCGCACUUCGAUAGAGACCACAAUAAGGGGAGCACUGGAGCAGGCAUUCAUGCACAAUUGUAAGCCUACCUCGGAGGAGAUCAAUCAGCUGUCGGAGCGCCUGCAUAUGGAUAAAGAAGUUGUGCGCGUUUGGUUCUGCAAUCGCCGGCAGAAGGAGAAACGCAUCAAUCCCUCCCUCGAUCUGGAUAGUCCGACGGGCACGCCGCUGAGCAGCCACGCCUUUGGCUAUCCCCCACAAGUGCUCAAUAUGUCCAAUGGACAUAUGCUGCUCGAAGCUAGCGGAGGAGGAUCACAUUGCGGUAGCUCCAUUAGCUCGGGAGAUUGAGAGAUUGAUCGUAAUUCAGAUUGUAUAUAAACCGAGUGAAGUUCUCCAAAUCUUCCACAAACAUUCCAAAAAUAAUAAACCAACAACAAAAACUGCAUAUCGUAUUAUCCCUGUAUCCAAAAUCCUCCCUGAUAGAUGUUCGUAUCAGCAUUCCACGAAUUUACAAGUACAUAUAAAUAUAUUAUAUAAAGCCCCUAUAUAUAGGCAUUAUAUUGGAUCUAUGUAGAGUGCCACCCAUAACUGUUGUUGUCUUUGUAUCUGUAUGUAUGUACGUACGUGUCCAGCAUGCCAAUCUAUCAACUAUUUAUAGCAACAUAUACAUACUAUAUAUAUAAUUAAUAUUAAAUCUAGAUACCUAUGUAACAUACUAUCUAUAUAUUAUAAUGAUAUUGUUGUACAAUGUCCAGUUGUAAAUUGAUCGGAACACUUAGAUCUAACACUAAACAAAAAAUUUCAAUAAAAAUUAUUUAAAAACUUAA